AUGUCUGACUUCCAUGAGACGGUCGACACUGAGAUCUUCGGGACUCAUCUUCCCUCCCCUCCAGAGACCGGAACUGAAAAUCCCCUCUCAACACGCUCGACACGACUCGAGGAUGAGAAACCGAUAGUAUAUCCCAGUAGUGCUGGUGAUGAGGGGCUUUUUCAAACGGCAACGCCAGUUGCAGUGAUGACCGAAGUUAGCUGGCUGGAUCCAAAUCGACCACUUCCAAAUCAAUAUGUCUGGGAUCAAGGUACUGUUGAUCUCAUGCCACCAUACGAUAUGAGUAUCCUCGCUGGCAGCUGGAAUCCAGCAUCAAAUCUACCAGCAUUUUCACAUCUAAAACCUACCUUCGAUUUACAAAACAAUCCUGAAGACAGCUUUUUGUAUGAAAAGGGUCUUCGCUGUAUUGCUUAUGGCCAGGACUUACCACCGAUAUGCGAAGAUUUCGAAGACGACUUUUCGGAUGAAGAGGGUGUUCCCUGUAUCGCUCAAGGCAAAGGCCUACCUACACGCGAAGAUCUCGAGAUUAUGGACAGGCACCUUCCUUUCCGCGGCCGCCCGCUGGAGGCACCGGAGCUUUUCGUAUCAGCAGACUACCGUGACAAGCAUCCAUUGUGUGGGCCCAAUGAUGAUCGUAUUUAUCUAAACCAUGGGAGUGAAGUGGAGAAUUUGUCUGGCUCACCAAAAAACCGGGAUCAAGCAAAGUCUAAUCCUCCACGACCGAUCUUGGAGAUCUUCCGAGCCGAGGAGGGAUGGCGUCCGGCACCCAAAGGGAUGUUUACCACAUGGGAAUUUGGAGCUGUGGGGGAGCGUCUCCUCCCGCCAACGCUGCCAAAUCCCACGAGUGAUGACGCUGGAACGCCCAAAGUCUCCGUCGCCAAGCUGGACACGAGAUCAGAAUUGUGGGAGCCGUACGAUAUAUGA